AUGGACUAUUCGCUUCUGGUUUUAGUUAGUACCUGGAUUUUUGGUAUCUACAAUACCCCUACACCUGCACUUUGUAGUUUCCCGUCAUCCUUUUCCCUCAAUUCACUUGAUGAUGAUUCACCACUAAAUAAUGCUUUUUCAUUUAAAGAUGAAGAAUUAAUUGAUUCGUACACCACAAAAAGGUCAAGUGAACUAACUGAACCUGACAGCUCCGGAGAUCCCGAAUUUGUCCCCGGGAAACUUAACGCAAAGUCAGAAUCACCCGAAGUUAUAGCCUCAGUUGAAUCUAUUGUAUUGUCUGAAACCCCAGAUGACGAAACUGUUUCAGAGAAUGACUACACAGAAGACCUUAACAGCGAGGUGGAUCAGAGUGAAAAUGUGACCAGAGAUGAUAACAAUGAAGAUGAAGUUCAGCCAACUCGUUUCUUCGACAAGUUGUCAACAGAGUACUCUGACGACUUUAAGAAGUCAACGGAGGAAGGAAUAGACAUGGACUCUGAGAAGAGCUACACAGUAAGGUCAUUACUCCCAGUGGAUAACCUUCUGGUGCUUACAACGCCAAGUGGAUGCUCCCUCUUGGAUUUCUCAGGAGAAGACGAUGGACUCCAGGUUGUAGAGUUCAACUUUAAGACGUCAGAACUGGAAGAGUGCUCAAAGCUCACUGAAGAUAUAAUCAGGGAAAUGAAUGAACAACUAGCAAGAGAUUUAGUAGCACACAGAAAUAGCCAAGCCACACCAAGAACAAAGAUGGUUGAGAUUUCUGUUCGUGAUCCAAUGAGGAAUCGUCAACUGAAUAUCAAAGAAACACAAGAGGUAUUUUCCAGAUCUGAACCAAGCAAUAAUGAGAAUUUAAGUGACUCAAGUUCAUUCAGGUUUGGAGACGAAGUUGAUGUUACAGAGGAAGAUAGAAAGGAAGCUUUGUUGUUGCUUUCACGUACGUUGGACUUCGACUACUACCCAACUGACGCCGACUCAGUUUACGUCAUGAGCUUCUCUCUGAGCGACAAUGAGGGCCUGGACUCAAACAGAGAACAGUUGUUGAAUGAGUUUUAUCAAUUAUUCAAUACUAAAACUGAGUCGAGAGGAACUGAAGGAGAUAGCAGUGGAAAAACAAUGAAUAAGGAAUCAACGGGAGAGAAGAUGAAUCUCGAGAACAUUUUUAAGAACUUGUCGAGCUAUUCAGAAGAAAAGCUAGAAAAGUUGUUGGAUGAGAUGAAAGCCUUUUUGGAGACUGAUGAAGGUAAGAAGGCUGUGGAAAAGUUCCAGAGUGAAAUGGCUUCAAAGCUAAAGGAGGUUGAGAAGUUGUACAGAGAAGAGUCUGAACUAGGAAAGAAGAUCUUAAGUGACCUAAGCAAGCACGGAGUAGAAAAUGUACAGUGCAGUAAGCUAACUACUGAUGAUUGCACAAGUUAUUCAAAGUGUCAAGUACUCAAAGUGGAUGGCAAGGACGUGUGUUUCGUAUCUCCCAAGACCAUCUAUUGGCUUUUACAGACAAAAUGUGGAUUGCAGUCCAAGGCAGCACUGCUCUCAAUAGCAAGAGACCUUAACAACAUCGGAAUCAUCAGCAACAAGCACGUCAAUAACCUCGAACAGUCUUUCGACCUCAAUAAAAUCUGCAACGCCAUCACACACUCAUAUCUCUCCAAACUCUCCCCAAACCUCACGAACCUAAAUUCCCGCUCCACCAAUUCAAAUAAUUAA